AUGUCCAUGCUACAGUCAACUCGGUCAGGGGUGACCGAUGGUCGACCCACGUUUCAUUGUGGAGUUUAUUUGCCCGGAAACCAGUUCAAGCCGGUCGAACCUCAAAAGGCUGCCGCUCGACGAGUGCAUUUUACCAUCGGAUCUUCAAGCGCCGUUGGUUUCGUUCCCCGUCAGCGCAGCUUCGGUGACAGCCGGGUCUGUGCGGUUCAGCAGCUACAAGAGCAGGACAGCCUUUUGUCUUCAGCAGGCAGCCGAACGGGAAUGAAAUGUAACCAGACGACGGCCUCGAAACGUGUUGUGCCCCCAAAGCCAUUGCUGGACACCUAUCGGUACUCGAUGGUCAAUCUUGAAGAAAGUGCCGACGUUGAUCUGGACUCUCUAAUCAACGAGCUGUGUGCAUUGGAGGUACAGCUGGAUGAUGUUAGUCAUCUUGCGAUCAAGAGCAAUGGCGGUCCGCGGUCAGUCACAAAGGGCGCCACCUCCGUCGAUAAUCGCUGCUCGUUCACUGACCAUAUGGACAACAGCCAGGUACAUGACCGUCGGGCUUUGUACUUCAUCGUGAUACCGUGUUUUCAUCCUCCCGGUGAUUUUCAGGAAAUUCAGCUACGCUCGCGCAGUCCUGACAACGACUCAGCGUUCUGCGACACGGUCAGUCUUCUGAGCGAUGCCGGGACGGCCACUCUCAAAAGUAAGGAAGAGAGCAACGGCGGUUCUUCGGUGGACAGUACGCGAGGUUCGAUGACCACGCCUUCUCCGACACAGGUACUUCGAGUUUUGUAG